AGGAUUACCUCCCACACACGGAUGAAACCAUCAAUUGACCAAAUUUUUGCGAUGAGGGGAGGAAACAUACGAACAAAGCCGCCUGGAAUCAUGAGUUAGGUUUCCGUCGAGUUCAACCAGGUUUUGGAACAUUGUUCACCCACCUCGUAAUCCUCUCCUUUUUUUCUCCUAGUUGUCUCUACUCUCAACAUCAACGUUGCAAGAAGACAAACCACCUACCAUUAGUCCUUUCUUCGACCCUGUCCUCCUCACUUGCUCUAUUCCUUCUCUCCACCAGCUCGCUUGAUUAAUUUAUAAGCGUUAAUAGAUGCUCAGGCGACAACAUAUAGAACAACAAGUCAUCAGCAAAACCACAAGGUCUUUAAUUAGGGUUAGAAGCACAUGAUUCUUAGCGUUGGUAGUUGGGAUUGGGAUUGGAAUUGGAAUUCCUUGAGUUUUCUUAUUCUGGUUCCACAAAACCAUCAACGAUAGAAGUGGAGCUCUGUUUCGGAUAGAAGUGGAGGCGUCAAGAAUCAAAGGCUUGGUGCCCGAAAAUGUCAGACGCAUCUAUCAACCGCCUCAAGGCCUUACUCCAACUGGGAGAGCAGGCAUGUCAACGGUUUACUCUUUCCGAGAUUCAAUUGGCAACCAACAACUUUGACGAGACUUUAGUCAUUGGGCGUGGAGGAUUCGGCAAUGUGUAUAAAUGUAGGAUGAAGAUAGGGUUAGUAAGCGAAGUUGCAGUAAAAAGGUUGCACUCCAUGUCCACACAAGGGGCCCAUGAAUUUGAAGCGGAAGUUAAAGUUCUUUCUAAGCUUCGACAUGGUAAUCUUGUGUCUCUUGUUGGUUAUUGCAAUGAAGGAAAUGAGAUGCUCCUAGCUUAUGAGUUCAUGCCUAAUGGGACACUUAAAGAUCAUCUUCACAAAACUGAUUCCAAAUUAUCUUGGUUACGACGACUCAAGAUAUGCAUAGGUGCCGCUCGCGGAUUAGACUAUCUUCACACAGGCACAUCAACCCAAAAUGGAGUUAUACAUCGUGAUGUGAAGGCAUCUAAUAUUUUGUUGGAUGCAAACUUUGCAGCUAAAAUUUCAGAUUUUGGAUUGGCCAAAGUUGGUCCGAUAGGUCAGACACAAACUUAUGUCAGCACCAAUGUCAAAGGGACAUUUGGCUAUAUGGACCCGUCCUAUUUCCAUACUGGAAAAUUGACAAGAAAAUCUGAUGUUUACGCGUUUGGAGUUGUAUUGUUUGAGGUGUUGUCCGGGAGGCAAGCGAACGCUAGAUGAAGA